AUGUACCCAACCGGAUCCAGCGCCGGCCACCACUCUCCCAAUGUCGCCCACGAAUUCUGCCCACUGCCCGGCGUGAGCCAGGAGGAGCUCGGUCUGAGCGACAAAUUCCGUAUGUGCCUGGACAUCCCCAGACUUCAGGAAGAUGGCACUGUUCACUUUGAUCCCUUCAUAGGGGGGUAUUUCUGUUUUCCUAACGGCCGACGUCCAGGUCUUAGUGGUCUUCGCUACGUGGGGGAGUCCUGUGGCGUUACUAGUUGUGGUAGAAGCUCCGGUAACCUGCGCCUAACUCCUAGAAAUCUAUGUAGUUAUCUCCAGCCGUUCUGGAUUUGUGAGGCUAGCCAAGGCUAUAAUAAUGCUUUCUAG